GAGUAUACUGAAGUGGCGGAACAGAACCUCUGCUGAAAACUAACCUAUGUGGAGAGAACACUGGCCACAGACUUGGGCUGGAGCCCUGUGGCCUGUUGCAACAGGCGCCUUGCACGUACUCAUUUGUUCAAACAUUUAAAGGCCUUCUAUGUACCAAGAACUAUGCUAGCAGCUGGGGACAGAAGGACAGGACAAGUCCUCCCCGUCAAGGGACUCAAAGUCUGAAAAAGGACAUUGUAAGUAUGCUGGAGAUGCACUAUCUUGUAACAAAUGCAAUGCUAUAACAAAUACAGAAUGUCCAGGGUAUCCACAGAGGAGGUCUGCAUUAGCGAGGGACAAAAGCCGACUUUCUGAAGAGUAGGGCACCAGAAUGGAGCCCUGCAGGGCAACCAACUGGUGAAGAAGCAGGGUCGGGUCUUCUUGGCAGACAGCCUUGCAGGGGCAAAGGCAGAGAAUGGUGGUUCAUUCAGAGAGCAGCAUCAUGAAUGCAUAGGAUGGGAAUGGGAAGGGAGGGGAUGUUUCCAUAGCAACCAGGGGAUGGACCAAGAAGAGCCUUACGUGUUACAUUAAAACACUAACAUACAGUGGGAGAAGAGGACUCCAUGGUAUCUAUAGGCUCCUGGCCCAGGGGACUAGAGGAAGGGGUCCCAUUAGCACGAGAAAGAAGAUUGAGUGGGAAGCUGAGAGCAGUUGGGUGUGAGGAGCUGGGAGAAGAGUGAAAUGUCACUAGACAUCUUGGAACAUGAAAUACUACGGGCCAGGAAUGGAGAGUGUGGCUUAGGCACCCAUACACAGAAAAUCAAAGAAGCCGUGCUGGAGGUCAGAUGGUCCAGAGAGAAAGGAAGAGGCCCUGGGACAGUCAAGAACAGGUUCAUGGGAGAAAAUGGGGCUUCUCAAGGAACAAAAAUGCUGAGAUGUGGAUAGAAGAAUAUAGAGCCCUGUGAAUCAAAGAUGAGGCAGGGGGAUUACCUUAGUCAAAAGCCACCGAGAGAGGUCUAGAGGGGCCAGGGUGAACAAGCACGGCUUUAGAAGCAGGGUUAGGAGAGGAAGAUAUUCCAGGGACAGAUGAAGGUAUGGGGUCAAAGGUAGUCCCGGGUGGGAUGCUGGGACGGACUACACACCACAGACACCAUCUGAACCCUAUUGUCAUGACCGGUGUGGAGAACCAGCGUGGCCGGGUGUGAAUGCAGCAGAGACGGCUCAUGUGUCUAAUUUUCAGCCCGUCUUUCCAUUAGAACUUGAUAUUUUCUAUCUGGCAUCCCUCCACUCCGACGCUCUCCAGUACCUGUAUCAUUCUAGAUAAAAGAAAAAAUUGUGAGAGAUAUUCGACUCUGACUAGGGAUGUGCUUGAAUUACUCGGAAGUACACUGAUUUCCUGCUUUGAGAUGCUCAUGGGACCAAUCCCUCAAGAACAAGAUGCAUGGGUUGGCUCAAAAAUUCCACCGCCCCCAAGGAAAACGGAAUGCGUAAAAUCAAAGUGGUAGCUCCAUCCACAGCCAGCCCUGAUUUAGCAGCCUUCGGUUAGAAAACAGAUUUCUCUGGAAGACUCAGCCACAAUAAGGCAAAAUGAGCUCUGCUCAAGGACCUCAAACUACUUCUCCAGGGACAGAUGUCGGGGCUGAUGGCCCUCUUGAAAGGCAGCCUCUACAGUUGUCCCUCCCUCCCUCCGCCUGCAUCUGCGCUGGCUGUAAUUUCGACUCAUUUCCUACAGCUUUGUCCUGGAGGUGGCUAGCCAGUUCCUCUUUGUCCCUCUCUCCGCCCUGUGGAGGACAGUUUUCCAUUUCAGUAAUGACAUGUGUGACUCAUUUCUGGAUUUUGGCUCUUGUCACAUCUACAGCCAUUUAAAACUGAACAUUCAACACCAAUCUCUUACUUGUCAAGGCUUGCUGCUCCCUGGGUGUCUAUGAAGAACAGGACACCAGUACCUGCCUCUACUGUCCCUGUGGACACCGAUACAAAGAGACCCACAUGGCAGAAAUGCCUUUCCAUAUGGUGUCUGACUUCAGGAAGGGACUCUCAGCUCUGCUGAAGACAGUAUGUGAAAGUUGGGUUGGUGACCACACUGUCCCCUCCCCUCCCCAAAAAAACCAGCACACACCUCCCACACGUACACAAUCUGACUGUGGCAUUUAACUUUUUUUUUUUUUAAAGAAGAUUGAGACCUGGAUGGUUCCUACUCCUCAAUCCUGGAGCUAUCCCACUCACCUGGUCCAUAAGCAUGAGCUAUGAAGUCAAACAAGCCUAGUUCAGAUCCCAGUUCAUUCUCUGAGCCUCAGUUUCCCCUGCCUUUGAAAAAGAGUGCCCAUUUGGGGGAUUAUUUCAGGCAGUAAGUUAGGCUGUGUGUCAAUGCCUUAGCCUUCAGUUCCAUGACUAGUCUUUUCGGAUGCUCAGUACCCAGUACCCAGGUGUGGAAAAUGCCACCCCCACCAAUCCCCACACAUGAUUAAUAUGCUUUAUAUACUGACUGGAAGCUGAACACCAUGGGCUGUAUUUUGUCUUCCUCGGUGGAAAACACAUUUGUUUUUAUUUUAUUUAUUUAGGAUAAAGCUUCAGUGACUUUGGCUACUUCUCCUUUGGAGACAGAACAUAAGAAACAAACAAAGAUAUGGGCAUGGCCUCCACCGGGACCUUUGGAGCAGAGGUCACAGACCAUGCUCUGUGUGCAAAUGCAGGCUGUCCCUGUGCGUGCUGAGAGGUGGCUUUUGUUUUAGCUUUGGUGCUUAAAUCUUUGGUUCUCCAAAACUCCGCCUGUUUGCAUCCUGUGUGCUGUGGAGCUGGCUCCUGCUGCUGUGAGAGGACACUGUCACUCGGGGCACCAGUGGCUGAGUGGAGGAAGGGACGGGGGAACAGAACAUGGGUGAGGAAGAGAGCUUCAGAGAGCAGAAGAUGAGGAUGAAAGAUGUUAGGACUUCCCUGUGCCAAGACCUUCUCAUGACCUCCCUUUCCACAGUCCCUGUCAACUGCUCUCACUACGGAACGGCAAACAGAGAAUCUAGGUUAUCCCCAGUUCUCACCGGUUAGAGGCAGUGCUGAGAGUUGAACUUACCACUGACUGCAGGGAUCUCUGGGGCAGGGAUGUCUUGUUUCUCUACGAGACCAACUCUUGGAUGCGUGGAGGCUGAGGCUGCUCAGCUCCGGCCGUUGCUGCUCCCUGCACCUGCAUCUCAUAGAAACGGAAGGUGCUAAAAGGGCAGCAGGUGGGGUGCCCUCAGCCUGCUCGCCUCUGUCAGGCCGGAAGGAGCAGCAGGAGGGCCCUGCCUUGGAACAGGUCAUGGCACAAUGGUGGCAGAUGCUCUUGGGAUUGUGGACAGUCAUGCCCACCUUGGCAGGGGAUAAGCCGGUCAACAUCUGCAUGAAUGACAAGCACCACAAGCGAGAACCUGGCCCAGAAGACAAGCUCUUCUUGGAGUGCAUGCCCUGGCGGGCCAGUGCCUGCUGCACACUCGCCACAAGCUGGGAAGCCCACCUGGAGGAGUCCUCGUUCUUUAACUUCAGCAUGACGCACUGUGGACUGCUGACCCCGGCCUGUCACAAGCACUUCAUCCAGGCCAUCUGCUUUCACGAGUGUUCCCCCAACCUGGAGCCUUGGAUCCAGCCGGUGGUCCCGGACAGGCAGGAAGAGCGGGUUUGGGGUGUGCCACUGUGCCGGGAGGAUUGUGAGGAAUGGUGGAAGGACUGCCAGUCAUCUUACACGUGCAAAUCCGACUGGAACAGUGGCUGGGACUGGAGUCAAGACUCUCCUGUAUCCCAGGUUAGCCUGGAACUAGAUGGCCUUCAUCUUCUGGCCCUGCCUCCACCUUCCUGUAGCUGGGAUUAUACACUUUCGCCACUGCCCCUGGUUUCAUGCUGUGCCAGGAGCUACCAGGGCUCCUACACGCCAGGCAGCACCCUUCCAACCGUGCCCAUCCCGGCCCCUCUUCCUCUUCCCCACUGCCACGGCGCUGUAGUCUUGAAUUCUGGACCCUUGAGCUCUGAGCUGACUUUCCCGCUUUCUGAUACUGUCUUCUCCCCCAGUUGAGGACCAAACCGAGGGCCUUACACUUGCGAGGCACACACUCUACCACUGAGCUAAAUCCCCAACCCCGAGGCCUUUCCACUUGCUCUGUAACACCUGAGAAUUCUUUUGGUCUUGAUAAUUCUUUUCAUCUUCAUGUAAGACUGCUUUGAAUUUUUCCCCCUAUGGAGACGAGUGAGGCAUUGGAUCAGACGAUUUAAUUUACAGAAAAGGAGAUGAGGAAAGCCAGGGGUCCAUUUACUAGAUCACGGAAGGAGUACUAUCCAACAGACUGAGACAGAAGCACAGAUUUAAACUGUGGAAGGGCCACUGGCUUCAAGUCUUUGCUGACAGUGGGCUCACAGCACCAUCUGUACACCAGGAAUCUCCCAGAGCCAGAAGCCGACCCUCCCCCAGCACUAGAUGGUGACUUCCCUGUCACACAUGUGACAGAGGGACAGAGGAGGUGAUUUUCUCAAGGAUGCUGAUUCUUGCCUGACACAAACUCUGCUCAUCAACAGACUCAGCCGGCAUUCUUCCUGCGCUCGCUUAUUCAUGAAACAAAUGUGUCCCCAGGAGAACGCCAGAAUCGCAAAACCAAGUGUGGAGCUCAGAGUCGGGAGGAGGGGACAGCUGGCAGCAACAAUGGGGACAAACUUGUAUAUAAGAUGUCUAGAAGAAAGGAGCCAACUAGAUGAGCACUGAGAGCGCCUCACCAAAGCAAGGCUUGAAUUCCAACAAAAAGAGAAAGUUCUCAAAUCCCACUGAGGCUCCAAGGCAGAGGCCACAAGGAACAGAGCUGCCGUGGCUUAUAAAUCAAUCAGUACACACACCUUCAAAAUGACACACCGGGAGCCGGGCAUGGCGGCAUGCGCCAAGGAGUCUGAGGCAGGAGAAUUGCUGCAAGUUUGAAGUUAGCCACUAUACAAUACAGGAACACCCCCACCCCCAUCUUUCUCUUUAGAAUGGAGGACCAUGGGUAAUGGAAUCUGAGGGUGUUUUGCUCAUACAGUCAAGAGCUUAAUGAUUUAAAGUGUUUUUAGUUAGAAGUGUAAAACUCGCCAAAGUCGAGUUAAAACGGGGCUCCUUCUGUUAAAUAGUCAGAAUCCAUCGGCCUUCCGUGGAGGAAGGGCUCUAAGGAUGCAACUCAUCAGCUCUUUCAUUUGAGUCUCAUGGAAGCCUUGAUGUGUGGCCCUUGUCUGUUUUUCUGAUUAGUGUGUUUGAAACCAGCCAGGUCUAACUCCCAGCGCCAGCAGACCCCAAAGUUCCAUCUGAUUCCACAACUUUAGCCUACACUAUCAACCCCCCCUUCUGACCCCCAUUUCCAGCUGACCCCCCCCAUCUCCAGCUGACCCCCCAUCUCCAGCUGAUCCCCAUCUCCAGCUGAUCCCCAUCUCCAACUGACUCCCAUCUCCAACUGACUCCCAUCUCCAGCUGGCCCCAGGCUCUAGAUCUACACCGACCAGCCUGUCCCACAGUGGCAUGAAGUAGAACUGAAGUCCAUAAGGGGACACGGGUAGAGGUGCAGUUGGGUGAACCUGGGAGAGCGCAUGGUGGCAAGGGAGACAGAUUCCUGCCCCCUUUUGCUUUUGGGACAAGUGGCAAGUUUCAUAAAAAGAGAAGUGAAUUGUUGAGUUUCAAAUUAUUUUGACCAGAGCUAACACAUAUGGGCCCAAGCGACUUCUGAUACACAGCUCAGAGCCCCAGCCACCCCACCUUCUACUCCAGGAGUAUGACUGAGAAAUACCCACUCACAACCAUUUAUCUAUACAAAGUUAAUUUUUAAACUGGUUUUUCUCCUCUGCUAUACAUUCAGACUACCUUUUUACACUCUGUGCUGAUGGUUUCUUGAAUUCAUCUUCCAAUCUUUUUUAUUUCAGCAAUCCAUUUUUAAUUAUUUCCAAGAGAUGCUUUCCAUUCCCUUGUUUUUCACAGCCUGCUGUUUUGGGUUUUGUGGGUGUAAUAUCUUCUCAAGUCUUGCUGAAGAUCUAAUUAAAAUUUUUUCAAACGCUUGUCUCCAGUCUCUAAAAGAUGCACUUCCCCCCCAAGGUCACUCUGUUCUGUUCUCUGAUGUUUUCCGUGCACAGCUGGUUUGCCAAGUCUGGUGACUUUGGCUAUCUGUCUACAUUUACGAGUGAGGCUGGAUUAACUUUGUAUAGCUGGGUUGGUUUCCUACAUGGCUGUUUGUUUAUAUACUGCUGGGAAAGUCUAGAUGUGGGGUGGGGCUGUCCACUGGAAGACUCCGCUUUAGAGCAUGGAGAGGAACAAGGACCACUCCGAUGAGUCCCAGCAAAGGCUGUUUGUUCAGGGCACACUAUCUACAGCUAUUAUGGCUUGCAUUUUGGCAGAUAACGAAAGGCAGGAAAGAAGGCUUUGGGUCUCCCCGAAAUGGGUGCCAUUGGCAGAGGACGCUGGACAUGGGGUGCUUGGAGUCCAUAUGACUGGGUAGAAUAAUAUUUGGGUUUUAUAACUUGGUCCUAAUUUGAAUCAUGGAUUUAAAAACUAGGGUAGGGGCUAGAGAAAUGGCCCAAUGAUCAUGAG